AUGUCGGGGCAGAAAAUUACACGGAGAAGACUAAUCAAAUCCUGCAAAUACUGCUACGAUCAUAAACUGAGAUGUGACAAAGGCCAUCCCUGCUCUACCUGUGUCGCCUUAAAAAAAACUGAGCAAUGCAUCUAUGGCUUCUCAAAGGAUCUGCUGAGUGUGAGCAGCCCAAAGGUCGCAUCACAAGGCAUAAAGAGGACUGCCAGAAAUUCAGUGGUCUACAAACCAAAGUAUUUUUAUCCUUUCUUUGCGAGCACGAUCAAUGAGAAGAUACUCAGUACUGAUCGAUACGACAAGACAGCGCUGUCUAGCGCAUUCACAAGAAACGAGAUUCAUAAGUUUAACAGAUCGAUAAGUCCUCUACGAGACAUUAAGGAAAUGUUAGCACUUCUACCCGAAUCAGAGGCAGCUGGUUUGAGCCAUGCCGACACCUAUUUUGAACGAGUACAUCCAAUAUUGCCCAUUAUAAGCCGUGAGAGAGUCCUUAACGCCUUCACAGAAGUAUACGAAUCGCUCAGGUCACAAGCAGUGAUUAAUGCGGGCAGCACUUUGAUUGUUAUGGCUGUCUUCUUCUGUUCGUCGUACUCGGCAGUGGCAUCGGGCAUCAUUCCGGACCUGUUGCUCUGCAAUAACUACUACAAAGCAUUUCGGCAUCUGUUGGAUAUUGUCGAGUUCCCUUUCAUCCCUCAGCUGGAAUCGCUGCAAGCUUUCACCGUAGUGAAUUUUGUUAUUGAUCCAAACAUGGUCGAUGCGGCCGCUUAUUCAUCGAUGCUGGUAAGAAUGGGUCAGGAAUUGGGCCUACACAAAGACCCAAACACAACAUCUAUCGAGUGCAAGCUCACAUGGAAUCUGCUCCUCUAUAUCGAAGGGUCGUCAUCCGUGGUGCGCGGCUUUCCAUUCUCCACAUCGUCGGCGUUGAUAGAAGCCGUUCCUCUACCUGACACGAACGGUGAUGUUAAUUAUGACUUCCCAGUAUCGUAUACUGUGGGUAGAUGUAAAAUCAAUAAAAUUUUGCGCAAAGUAAUGGAGUUGACUUCGGUCACGGAGAUCCCCCGGGAAGAAUUAAACUCUAGGGAGUCGGAGAUCGCCUCGCUAUAUGACGACGUACAGGAUAUUAAUCUGUCUCUUAAGAGAAAUUUCCCAGUGCAUCAAGCUUAUUUCGCAAGUACCCUAUUGGUGUUCCUGUAUCGACUUCAUUUGAGAUUUUUUGCUCUGUCAAGUCUUCAAUUUCAAGAAGAUAAGCUUGUACAAAAGACAAGCAACCAGCUCACAUCUUUUGAGUCAAUAGAUGUUACAAGCGUUUUAGGGAUAAGACAAACGUUUAAGGAAGAAGUCGUACAGCUAUCUUUGCUAUUACUGUUUCAAACACAUAAGCGGCUAGUUCAGGCGGAUAUCGAGAAAUAUGCUUGGUACACAAGGGGUUCCACUGUCAUGCAAUAUUUGUUUGUGAUCAUAAGCGAUCUAUUUCAUAGCCCAUGCAAAACCUUAGAAACGGAGAAUUUUUUGACACCUUCUCGUCAGACUAUUGAUGAUGAUAUGCGGGACGUCAUCAAUAGUAGUCCGAGCUUCUUCAGAUACGCUUUGGUGGAGGGUGUACUGACGCUUAUCGAAUCGAAGCUUGCGGCCUUAUGGAGUAAUGAAGAUUUGUAUAAAUUUCUUCUAAUCCAGAAUUUAAAAGAAAAGGUGUGGCAGAUUAACGAGGAUUUGCUUAAGAAAAACGAAGAGGAAAUCAAAGCCGUGAAGAACUCCAAAUUCUUUGCCGCUGGAUCGGUUCACAUGCAAAACAUGAAAAGCAUUAAUCUUGAGGAUUGCAUGCAAGGUUGGGAGUCUGAAGAUUUCCCAAUCAGCAUAGACAAGGUUUUGAAUAGUUGGCUAAUUGAUUUGCAGAAUUAA